AUGGUAAUGUUGGUCGUCGUCGUCCACGUCGUCCACGUCGUCGUCGUCGUCCGCGUCGUCGUCCGCGUCGUCGUCCGCGUCGUCGUCCGCGUCGUCGUCCGCGUCGUCGUCCGCGUCGUCGUCCACGUCGUCGUCCACGUCGUCGUCCACGUCGUCCACGUCGUCCACGUCGUCGUCCACGUCGUCCACGUCGUCGUCCACGUCGUCCACGUCGUCGUCCACGUCGUCCACGUCGUCGUCCACGUCGUCCACGUCGUCGUCCACGUCGUCCACGUCGUCGUCGUCGUCCACGUCGUCGUCGUCGUCCACGUCGUCGUCGUCGUCCACGUCGUCGUCGUCGUCCACUCGUCGUCCACGUCGUCGUCGUCGUCCACGUCGUCGUCGUCGUCCACGUCGUCGUCGUCGUCGUCCACGUCGUCGUCGUCGUCGUCCACGUCGUCGUCGUCGUCCACGUCGUCGUCGUCGUCGUCCACGUCGUCGUCGUCGUCGUCGUCGUCGUCGUCGUCCACGUCGUCGUCGUCGUCGUCGUCGGCGACUACGUCGUCGUCGUCGUCGUCGUCCACGUCGUCGUCGUCGUCGUCGUCCACGUCGUCGUCGGCGACUACGUCGUCGUCGUCGUCGUCGUCGGCGACUACGUCGUCGUCGUCGUCGUCGUCGGCGACUACGUCGUCGUCGUCGUCGUCGUCGGCGACUACGUCGUCGUCGUCGUCGUCGUCGGCGACUACGUCGUCGUCGUCGUCGUCGUCGUCGUCGGCGGCGGCGACUACGUCGUCGUCGUCGUCGUCGUCGGCGGCGGCGACUACGUCGUCGUCGUCGUCGUCGUCGUCGGCGGCGACUACGUCGUCGUCGUCGUCGUCGUCGGCGGCGGCGGCGACUACGUCGUCGUCGUCGUCGGCGACUACGUCGUCGUCGUCGUCGUCGUCGUCGUCGUCGGCGACUACGUCGUCGUCGUCGUCGUCGUCGGCGACUACGUCGUCGUCGUCGUCGUCGUCGGCGACUACGUCGUCGUCGUCGUCGUCGUCGUCGGCGACUACGUCGUCGUCGUCGUCGGCGACUACGUCGUCGUCGUCGUCGUCGUCGUCGGCGACUACGUCGUCGUCGUCGUCGUCGUCGUCGGCGACUACGUCGUCGUCGUCGUCGUCGUCGGCGACUACGUCGUCGUCGUCGUCGUCGGCGACUACGUCGUCGUCGUCGUCGUCGUCGUCGUCGGCGACUACGUCGUCGUCGUCGUCGUCGUCGUCGGCGACUACGUCGUCGUCGUCGUCGUCGUCGGCGACUACGUCGUCGUCGUCGUCGUCGUCGGCGGCGACUACGUCGUCGUCGUCGUCGUCGUCCUACGUCGUCGUCGUCGUCGUCGUCGUCGGCGACUACGUCGUCGUCGUCGUCGUCGUCGUCGUCGUCGGCGACUACGUCGUCGUCGUCGUCGUCGUCGUCGUCGUCGGCGACUACGUCGUCGUCGUCGUCGUCGUCGUCGUCGUCGUCGGCGACUACGUCGUUGUCGUCGUCGUCGUCGUCGGCGACUACGUCGUCGUCGUCGUCGUCGUCGUCGGCGACUACGUCGUCGUCGUCGUCGUCGUCGUCGGCGACUACGUCGUCGUCGUCGUCGUCGUCGGCGACUACGUCGUCGUCGUCGUCGUCGUCGGCGACUACGUCGUCGUCGUCGUCGUCGUCGGCGACUACGUCGUCGUCGUCGUCGUCGUCGGCGACUACGUCGUCGUCGUCGUCGUCGUCGGCGACUACGUCGUCGUCGUCGUCGUCGUCGGCGACUACGUCGUCGUCGUCGUCGUCGUCGUCGUCGGCGACUACGUCGUCGUCGUCGUCGUCGUCGGCGACUACGUCGUCGUCGUCGUCGUCGUCGUCGUCGGCGACUACGUCGUCGUCGUCGUCGGCGGCGGCGACUACGUCGUCGUCGUCGGCGGCGGCGACUACGUCGUCGUCGUCGUCGUCGUCGGCGACUACGUCGUCGUCGUCGGCGACUACGUCGUCGUCGUCGGCGACUACGUCGUCGUCUUCUUCUUCAGUGAAGGAGAUUCAGAUGUAAAGGGGUCCUUAAUAGUGGGGAAGGGGGAUUUUGGUUUGGUGGGGGAGGUUGAGCCAUGGUGGGCUCCCUCUUUGAAUUCCAGCCUCAUGUGCCUGGCAGAUGUCACUUCUCACAGCUCAGAGCUCAUGGCACCUUUGGGUAUUGUGGAGCCACAAUGGGUAGCAAGGAAUGGCUAUGGAUCUCACGGGCAGUCAGUGUCUUGA